GUAGGCUAAGAGCUAAGUUAGUGAUAUCAAUAGGUUUCAGUUCUUAAAUAGAUAACAACAAAUUGAGAGAGACCUGACAAGAGAAGGAAAGAGACAAUGAACAGACUAAUAUUAUGUCCUGUCUUUGAUCGAUACGUAUACAAGAUUCCUGUAUUUAGGCGCCAAAACAUUGUGACAUUUUCACAAACAAGGGCCUAUCAGAAUCAUCCUUUUCUGAGGAAUCCACGCCAGAAGACUUCAGUUGUUCGAUCCGAGCAUCAUACGAAGCAAGGGUUCUCAACUAUGGCGAGUACUGCCGGGCUUGUUAUUCCAUGCAAAGCGGCGGUUGCAUGGGAAGCAGGGAAGCCAUUGGUGAUACAGCAGGUAGAGGUUGCACCUCCACAGGCUAUGGAGGUUAGGGUCAAGAUCAAGUACACCUCUCUCUGUCACACUGAUAUCUAUUUCUGGGAAGCCAAGGGACAAAAACCACUGUUUCCUCGCAUAUUUGGUCAUGAAGCAGCUGCAAUUGUUGAGAGUGUUGGUGAAGGGGUUGAAGAUCUUCAAGUUGGGGAUCAUGUGCUUCCAGUGUUCACUGGGGAAUGUGGGGAAUGUGCACACUGCAAAUCUGAAGAAAGCAACAUGUGUGAUCUUCUGAGGAUAAACACAGAAAGAGGGGUUAUGCUGAAUGAUGGAAAGUCUAGGUUUUCGAUCAAUGGAAACCCCAUAAACCAUUUCUUAGGUACAUCGACUUUCAGUGAGUAUACAGUUCUGCAUUCAGGCUGCCUUGCAAAGAUCAAUCCAUUAGCACCACUGGACAAAGUCUGUGUUCUAAGUUGUGGCAUCUCCACAGGACUAGGUGCAACUCUGAAUGUGGCUAAGCCAAAACAGGGCUCUUCUGUAGCCAUAUUUGGUCUAGGGGCUGUUGGCCUUGCUGCUGCUGAAGGGGCGCGAAUUUCUGGGGCAUCAAGAAUUAUAGGGGUUGACCUUAAUCCUAAAAGGUUUGAAGAAGCCAAGAAAUUUGGAGUGACCGAGUUUGUGAAUCCUAAGGACUAUGAUAUACCAGUUCAACAGGUGAUCACAGAAAUGACAAAUGGUGGUGUUGAUAGGAGUGUGGAGUGCACUGGUAAUAUCAAUGCCAUGAUGUCUGCUUUUGAAUGUGUUCAUGAUGGAUGGGGUGUUGCUGUACUAGUUGGUGUUCCUAACAAGGAAGCAGUCUUCAUGACAAAGCCCAUAAACUUGCUAAAUGAGAGGACUCUUAAAGGAACAUUCUUUGGUAACUAUAAACCAAGGACUGAUCUUCCAUCUGUUGUUGAUAUGUACAUGAACAAGAAACUGGAGGUGGAGAAGUUUAUAACUCACCGCAUUCCAUUCUCUGAAAUCAAUAAAGCAUUUGAGUACAUGCUGAGAGGCGAAGGCCUAAGAUGCAUCAUCAGCAUGGAAGAUUAGUGCUUCACAUAUACUUCAUUGGAUGGAGUUUGCUGCAACGGGUUUGUCUUGGGGUAAACUAAAAUGUUUCUCUAUGGAGCACAACAAGACUUUUCCUUUCAAUCUCUCAUCCUAUGUAGAAGUGUAUGUAGAGGAACAAUUUCUACUGUGUACAAGUUCAAGAUUUUAAGUUCAAUAAAAUAUACUUCUAUUGUUGUCAUGCCCAAAAUAUUCAAAGAAAUAUACUCAUCAUUUCAU